AUAACACUGGUUUUACACAAGUCCUUAGCUCCUAGAGUUCCCAAACCUUCCAAAACUAAUCACUGAAUUCCCGACCGAUUGUCUGAAAUCCGACGAUGAGCGAAGGAGAAGACGCCGUUCGCCGCCGCAAUGCGCUAGCGGAUUACCGGAAAAAGCUGCUUCAGCACAAAGAACUUGACUCCAGGUUACGAACGGUAAGGGAGAAUCUAAGAGCUGCGAAGAAGGAUUUUAACAAAACAGAGGAUGAUUUGAAGUCUCUCCAGAGCGUAGGGCAGAUUAUCGGAGAAGUUCUUAGGCCACUUGACCAUGAACGAAUGAUUGUCAAAGCAAGCAGUGGCCCAAGGUAUGUUGUUGGCUGCCGUAAUAAACUUGAUAAGGAAAAAUUGACUGCUGGAACAAGAGUGGUCCUUGACAUGACAACCCUGACAAUCAUGCGAGCUCUCCCACGUGAGGUUGACCCUGUUGUUUAUAACAUGCUCCAUGAGGAUCCUGGAAAUGUUAGCUACUCUGCUGUAGGUGGUUUGUCAGAUCAAAUUCGAGAACUUAGGGAAUCGAUUGAGUUGCCUCUAAUGAAUCCUGAGCUCUUCCUCAGAGUUGGAAUCAAGCCUCCAAAGGGUGUUCUUCUGUAUGGACCUCCCGGUACUGGGAAGACAUUGCUAGCUAGAGCUAUUGCUAGUAAUAUAGAUGCCAACUUUUUGAAGGUUGUUUCCAGUGCCAUUAUUGAUAAAUACAUUGGGGAAAGUGCAAGGUUGAUUCGUGAAAUGUUUAAUUAUGCACGUGAUCACCAGCCCUGCAUAAUUUUUAUGGAUGAGAUUGAUGCAAUCGGUGGAAGACGUUUUAGUGAGGGAACAAGUGCUGAUCGUGAAAUUCAGAGAACACUCAUGGAGUUGCUUAAUCAGCUAGAUGGAUUUGAUCAGCUUGGAAAGGUAAAAAUGAUUAUGGCAACAAAUCGACCUGAUGUUCUUGACCCUGCACUUCUUCGACCUGGGCGUCUAGAUAGGAAGAUUGAAAUCCCACUGCCUAAUGAGCAGUCAAGAAUGGAAAUUCUUAAAAUUCAUGCUUCUGGAAUUGCCAAACACGGUGAAAUUGAUUAUGAAGCUGUUGUUAAGCUCGCAGAGGGGUUUAAUGGUGCUGACCUGCGUAACGUAUGUACCGAAGCUGGGAUGUCAGCUAUCCGUGCUGAAAGAGAUUAUGUUAUCCAUGAAGACUUUAUGAAGGCUGUUCGAAAACUGAAUGAAGCUAAGAAGCUUGAAUCUAGUGCGCAUUACAAUGCAGAUUUUGGCAAAGAUUAGGAUCAACGACUUUUCUUCUCGAGAUCCAUGGAUGUACGUGUAGCAAAUCAUGUUUCUAUAUGUGGCACUUUCACUAGAUUUGUGCUGGAUAUCUUCUUGCAUACUGAUAUAGUUUAUGGAUUUAUUCUAACUCAAUGCUCCCCCAAACAUUUCCACCUUCAUCUCCCCCACCCCCUACCCUCCACCACACCACCAGCAGAAAGAGGACAAAAUGACAGAUGCAUAAAAUGUUAUGUUUACUUGGUGUGCUUUUCUUACCUGAAGUAUUUGAGUAUUUCUUCCUUCCCUCGCUGA